CUUGCCAGAUACUUACAUUUCGGAUGCUCGUUAAUCUAUGCAUGUCAGAGCGUCUUAAUAAGCCAAGCCCCCCUAGGGUGACAUUACUCCAUUGGGGAGAAUACGAAUCCUUCCUGAUUUUCGCUCCGCUCGGCUUUUAUACAAUUAUCCAUUUUAGGAAGCGACGCCGGAAGAAGCGGUCGCUUUGGCUCCAUGUGGGGAAGGCCUGGACUGACUCCCCUCUCGACGUCAAAUUGAAGGAUGCGUGAAAGUGCCGAGAGCUGGAGGAGGAUUCCGUAUAGCGGACGGUGUUGUAUAGGGGAGAUUGUGAACGAGGCAAUCGAUACUGGGCUUUGAAGUACG